CCAUCGACUUGAUCUUUCGGUGCUUUCGGCUCGCAGGUUGCGAAACUUGCGAAGCACUGCCAUUUUACUCAUAUUUCUCAUUUUAUAAUUAACAAUUCCAUCGAAUUAAUCGGCAGAAAGAAAAAUCUUUUAAAAUGGAUCCAUCUAAAAAUUUUGUCGAAGCUUUUCUCAGUGCUAUGUACAACUUCAUAGAUAAACCUGUCACGCUUUUCCGAGAAAAGAUCGUCGAACCGAAUCAACAACACUACCCUUGGUAUCAUCAGAAAUUUCGUCGAGUUCCCACAGUCGACGAAUGUUAUUCCGACGAUCUUGUAUGUAUUUAUGAAGCUGACCAGCAGUACGCAAGAGACAGAUUAAGAGAUGAUGAGAUAAUCUCUAUCCUGAGAAAUCGUGCCGAGAUGUGUCUCAUGUACAAUAAUCCUGACAGAGAUAUGUGUCUAGAUCUCAAAGAAGCUUAUGAAGUUGCAGCUGCCAAUUGGUUUUCUAAACACGGUGAUCAGGGACCGAAACCGAAUUCACGAGCAGUUUAUAUGAAGCAAAAGCAUAGAAUGAUCUGGGAACGAAGGCACGGUCCGAUUGGUUCAGGCAUGAAGACCGAGGAAUGAGAUUUUACAAAUACGUAGAAAUAUCGUAAGAAUAAUUCUGUAGAUAAAUAUAAACGAAGAUCGCCAAAAGGAAAAGAGAACAGAAAGUAAAGUUACAAUUGAAAAUCA